AUGUCAUCAUUCGACAUUAACAAGGUUGUUUCAUGGUUGCAAUCCACUAAGAUAAAGGAUAGAAAUGAUGGGUUGAGUCUAGUGGAAGACUUAUUAAACUCAAAGUUCAAGCUCAAUCCAAAACAAUUUGAUGUCUUGGUUGUUUCAAUGUUCAAAUUGAUUGAAAAUGAACAGAUAAGUUAUUCAAAGAACAGAACAACUAGUACUGAAUUGAGGUUAUCUUCUGGUUCGAAUUGUCUUAAAUUGUUGAUAGAAAGAUCGUUGGAUUACAAUCAAGAGUUACGAGAUUCUAAUAAACCUAUUAAAAUAAAAUACAAAUUCUACAUGAGUGUAAUCCAUUCAAUACGGAAUUAUUACUUUAUUGAAGAUGAUAUAUUAGAACCUUGUGCAUUAGACUUCACAAAAAUUUUAUCUUGUAUCACAAGCCAAGGCUUUUUCAAGGAACACCUAAAUUAUGAAGAUUGGUUACAAAUCUAUAAUCUUAUUAUUAAACUGUCGAACUUUGUCCUUGACGAUUUAACCAAAUUAAACAUACAUGAAAAAUUGAUCAUUGAGAUAUUCACGUCACUCCAUUUCCUUAUUCAAGCUGAUUCAUCAAUAUCAGUGAACUAUUUGCAAUUAACAACAUCAACUGUUCCUAAUAAUUAUUUCAAACUUCUAAGGGUUCUUUCCAAAACAUGCAUAUAUUUUAAAAAAGAAAGCAUACUAACAGUGUUGAUAUUCAAGGUUAUUAAUAAGAUGAUUAUUGUGCUAUGCACCGAAAACAUUAAAUUUAUAAAUAAAUUGAUCCAGAUUUCAAUAAAAUUAAUGAUAUCAUUUCACCAGACACAAUUAGAUUCUUUGCAAAUUCAAUUUCUUAUAUUCCUUAAUUUGUCUGCUACUCAUAAUUUCUUAAAUUUGCAUAACUUACCAAAACUAAUUGGAGAUUCUUCUAUUAUACUGGACGAUCCUUCCGAUUCUCGGCAAGAUAUUUCAAUAAGAUCUAGCGAAGAUUCAAGCACAAUUAAUCAGUCUAUUGAUAGCAUCACAGAUAGUGAUAGUGACGAAGUAACCCUUUAUAAUGUCGGUGUACUUAUCCAAAAUUUAGCUACCAAGCUUUAUUCCUCAAACAAUCAGAUUAACUCGGAAGAUAUAUGCUUUCUUCGAAUACCUAAUGAUGACAAGGUCUGGUUCAAAUUCCGUUCAAUUUAUUUGAGAGCUAGUGCAUAUGAUGAGUCUAAUAGCGUUCAGUCUUGGUUGUUUAUUGCUGGGUUAUCAAAAUUAAUUAAUUCAUAUUUCGAAUUCAAGAAAUCAUUAUAUGAGCAUAAUAUAUUUAAUUCUAUUAACACUUUGAAUGCCUCUGGUGUGAGGUCUGAAACUAUCCAUCAAAAUAAACGCCAAAAGCUAGGUGUAUUAAGUGAAGCAUUGUAUCAUUCAAAUAAUAUUCUGGAGUUUUGCAAUAGACUUCUCAUCGACAAAACUGAUUAUAAAUUACAGCAAGCUGGAAUGCAAAUUUUGACUUUUCAUCUAGAAAUAUAUUCGCCUAAGGUUGACAUAAAAUCUUUAAACAGUAAAACAAAUAAUAAUAACAUAAGAUUAAGCGGCAAUUCCAGUACAAAAAGUAGUAGCAUAUUAGACAUAAGUGAUUCAACAUUUCUUAAUUCAACUUUUGAUUUUCCGCUCCUGACAAAUGAUUCUGAAUCACUCUUUAAUGUUAAUAUUAUUCUUAAAAAUGUGCUUAAUUCAUUUGAUACUGAUGAGCUAAAUUACUGGUCAUUGAUGGUAGCUAGAGCAAUCAUUUAUGAUUCUUUACAACGCCUGAUUCAUAUUGAUAAAAAGUUCUUCUUCCAGUUGCUUAAAAUUGCAUUACAACUUAUCAAAAACAAAGAAGUAUCUAGGGUUUCGUGCAGUCUUGCUUAUUCAAUUAUCAGUUGUCAUUCAAACGAAGACUUGAAUAAGAUAAUGGACAAAUCUUUAAUAUUACAAAUUGAUAAUCUCAUAGAUUUAUCUGAAAUCAAUGGACCCUUCUCCAUUUGUGAAGAAAGUUUUCAAUUAUGGUAUUCGAUCAAUAAGAUUGUUAGAAAUAUUAACCUUUCGAGAAAUUUCAUAUUGGCAGAAAGAAUUCAAGACUGGCUCAUCUGCAAAUGGGAUUUAACUUCUAAUAUUAAUACAGGCUUCUGGUAUUCUAGCAUUAAUUCGACAUUUGAGGUUGUAAACUUCGUAUGUUGGCUAGGUGGUAUUGAUAUUGAAGAAAACGAUCAGCAGAAUAUGCUGAACUCGUAUCGUGGUGAUUUAAAUGAAGCAGAUUUAUUUAUGAAUUCAUAUAAUGAAUUAGAAAUGUUCUUGUUAGAUAAUUAUAAAUUGCGUGAAAGCAAUAUGUCCUUAAGGACUGAGAUUAAAUUUUACAACUUGUCUGAAAAUAAGACUUUUGAUUACCUUUUAAGUCGAAUAAUUGAGACUGGUAAAAGUUACCUAAAAGAUGAACGGAAUCACGCUGAAGCACUCGAAUGGGCAAUGUUAGAACUUAGGACACUAGAUUUAUUAAGAGAUCACGGUAUUCCUAAUCAGCUAAUUAAUUCCAUCCAGAAUCAAGCCUCUCUCUUGUUUGAAGUGGCUUUCUUAAAAAAUGCAUCGAGUAAUGCUAAUUUUAUAGGGGUGCUAAGCAGGAUAAACUUCAAGUCAAUGAAACGAAGUUCUAUUGAACUUAUAGCGAACUGUAUUGAAUUGGACAAUUUUUUCUAUGAAAUUUCAAAUAAUGGACUUAUUGGUACAAAUCAGAAAUUGAUGGAAGAAGACCGGCUUGAUAACAAUACUGAUAUGUUUCGUGACGAAUUCAACACUACAAAUGAAACGACAAACAGUUUUCGAAUUCAGUCCAAAUCGACUACAUUAAAUUUCUUCAAUUUAGCAUAUGGAGAAGUAUAUUGUGUUCAAGCUUUAAAAUGCAUUUUAAUUAGAAAUGAAAUUAAAGAAAACAGUACCUUCGAAACAUUUGGUUUCAUAGUUACAUACCUUGAAUCGUUGCGUCCACAGGAAGUGCUAUACUGUCUUUGCUAUUUGUGCAGAAUUCUUGAAAAUGGUGAAAUCAAAUCCUCGGAGAUACCUAUUACGGCUUGGACAAGGUUUGUAAGAAUUUUAGGAGAAGGUCCAUUAACAAAUUUUGAUUUAGAAAGAGACGAAUUGACGAUUAUAGUCGUUUCAAAGUUGCUUACACUUCUGUUUCCUAUAUGGUACGAUAGUUCGGAUGAUGCUUUUAAGAAGGAUUGUUUAGACAUGUGUUCCUGGUUAUUGCAAUGUGGUACUAAGAAUUUAAUAUUAACAGAAGCUUCCAGUAUUGAAUUUUUGAUUUUCAUAAUUACCUAUUUACAAUAUAACGAUCAGAGAAUCAUGGAAGAUAAUGAAAUUAAAUCACUUUUUAUCUCUAAAUUUACAAAAUCGACAAACAACAUAAAAAUCAAGAUACUCCCAUGUUUGGUCAACUAUUUAAAGUCAAUAUCUGUCCCCAAUCAGAUGACUAUUUACAAGGAACUUUUUCUCAAUUUUGACACUCCCCAGCAGUCAAUUGAAGCAUGCGGUACAUUUUGCUUAUUCUUUUGCAUCUUAUCUGAUGCUUCAAUUCAAGUUACAAUUGCUGUAAUUUUCAACUUUAUAGAAUAUUCAAGGUUUGAAUUCUUUUUGCCAUAUAUUAAAGCGGCACUUUCCCUUAUAUAUAAAAGAUUGGAUUUAAAAUCAACAAAGGAUUUAUUUAACUUGUUAAAAUAUGAAAUUCUAAAAUCAUGGUGGAGCUAUGGGUUUGAUAUAAUGCAAUUUCCAUAUGGCUUGUUCGAUUAUGAUAAUAUACCAAGCUUUCUUUCGUCCAAUUAUAAAGAACUAACUGCUAUUUCAAUAUCCACUCAAACAAAUUCUAAUAAUAAUAAUUUUGGUUUCUUAGAAACGAUAUCUUCUGUUAAAAAUUCAGAUCUUGCUAGUCUAAUUUUCGAUAGUUUGACAUUGGCAAUACCAUUGGCAUAUACAAGAGAAGGUAUUAGGAAUGAUAUAUUCAAGAAAUUAUCAGAUAUAUUAAAGGAACAGUAUCGACUACAGAUGAAAGAAAAAUUAGUCUCGAUUAUAUUUGAAGUGAUAAGGCUUACUGAUAUGUCAAAUGAGAAAUAUAUACGAGAUUUAGGACCGAAGAAUGAAGUGAUAUUACAACUUUUUAAAAGUGACUCCCAAACUUUAGAAACCCCAGGUCUGGUGUCAAUAUCACUUCAUUCUAGUUUUGAUCUCAUAAAGGGUCUUGUUGAAAAGUAUAGUGUAAACCCUAAAUCUUUCUGGCAAGGAAACGUGUUAUAUUUUUUAUUUCGCCAUAUUUCAAUAAUUUUUCAUAAUUCAGUCAAUAUCGAACAAAGAUUAUUAUGUUUGAGGAAAUUUAAGCUACUUAUUAUUCUAGGGUAUCAAAAUAUAUUUCUGGUUCAUUUAGCAAACCUUUUGAUUACAACAUUAUCUCCAUUCUUAAAGGAAUCAAAUCUUCAUGAUGAUAUUGCAAAUAUUUUGUCUAUUUUUCGAAUCCAAAAACUAAGCAGGUGUGAUGAAUCUAAAUUCUUGCCAAUAAUUGUGAAACUUGUUUCUUGCUUGAUUGAAGUAGGUGAUAGCAUACCGUUUACUAAUGUGCAUCUUUUAAAAACGGUCGAAGAAUAUAUAAGCUGUUCAAAUAAGGAUAGAAAAGUUCACAUAAUCCUUGAAGCAAGUAUGAACAUUUUGAAUUCGGAACCAGUUGAAUUGACAACGUCUGAUAUUGAAUUCUUUCUAAAUGAUGAGGCUGAAAUAAAACUUUGCACAACGGGUGUGAGUAAUGUACAUAUCAUGAAAUUGAUAUCACUGAUUUUCAUGUUUAUCGAACGUUUUGAUGAAACUGGGGUACACGAAAAUGUUGUAAAAUUAUUAUUGAAUCAAAACGAUGAUAUGCAUUGGCAUUCCAAAACAUUUAGGUUAUGGAGUGCUGAAUACUUAGCGAAAUACUAUUUGAAAGGAGGUUUAAAUAACAAUAUUUCCCAUAUUGUUUCACUAGUAGAGAAUGGCACACCAAUUGAAGAUACUUUUGAAAGUGAUAUAUCCAGCAUGAAUAAUAUUUUGAACGAGAUUCUACUGUAUGUCGUAUCUGAUAAUUUAGAAAUUGCAGCUUGCGCAGAAUCUAUAUUAAGUGUUUUAAUAUGGAAAUUUAAAAUCAAAAGAUCAGAUGUUGAGAAAUUUUUAAAUUUUGAUAAGAUUGAAAACGAAUAUGUACUGUUUAUUGUUCCCUUGGAUUUUCAUUCUUGCAUUAUACUUAAUUCUAAUGAUGAUGAAUUGCUCAUUCUUGGACACACAUUCAAAGAAAUAAUUUCUGAUUUAGGCCAAUCUUUAGAAGGAAUACUGUUCGUAGCGUGGACAAGUCGCUUAUUUCUAUCGAUUACACAAGAGUUGGCAAGAUUUACCAGUAUUGCCCCCUUAUUUGCAAGUUUUGCUACUAAAGUUGAUUCGUUUUCUAAGACAAUCUUACCUGGUUUUAUUUGCUACUAUUUGAACAUUACAGGGAAGGAAGGUUCGAAGCAGGUGAUAAAGCUUCUUUCCGAAUUCAGCAAGCUACACUCGUAUGAAUCCGACUUUGUUGAAUUCCUUAUACAAACAUUACUAAAAAUCAGAAUGGGGGCAAAAAAAUCAAUUCCUAUAUUUAUGGAGGUUUAUCUGAGUCUAAAUCUAGAUUACUUUUAUCGUAUUGCUGCGGAAAAUAACUACUCCAAAACUGCGUUAAUGUUAUUUGAGGAUGAACUUAGCAAUUCUGAAAAGGUUAUAGAUUGGCUGGGAAAUUCAAAACUCCUAUCUAAUAUUUAUGAAUCAAUUGAUAAUGAUGAUUUGAUAUUUGGUCUACCCGAAGAAACAUCGUUGGAAUAUGCCAUCAAUAUGAUAAAUAGAAGGAAGGAAAGUUCAGACCAAUUUAGAUUUGAUAGUGGUUUAUUUGAUACUAGUAUUUCUUUUGAUUUAGAAACGAAGAAUACUAGAGUUCUCAAUUCCAUGAUUCGCAAUGGAUUUUUAGGUGUUUCGAAAUUAGUCAGUAAAAAUCUAGAUAAUGGAGAUAAAAAUAACGCAACUUUUGAAUGGGCAUGGAAAUUAAACUGUUGGGAUAUUCCUUCUCCGCGAGAAGCAAAUGAAGAGCAUCAGAUUAUCUAUAAAACCUUGAAGCAAAUUCAUGAUUACCCGAGUUAUGCAAAUGAAGCCUGUGAGGAGUCGUUAUUGCAGACUUUGUAUAGUAAGGAUACUAUAACCAACUACAGUUCCAGCCCAAAAGAAUUCCGAUUGAAUAUUGAAAGAUGGCUCAUUAGUUUGACGUGUAUUUACAAUAUCAGAGACGUUUUACACUAUAAAGAAUCUAAUUUUGAAGGUCUUCUACAUGAAUUUUCUAAAUGCACAAAUUGGUUUGAGCAGGCAGAUUUUGAUUGGUCCGAAAAUAUACUCCUAGCAAGGAAAUCAGCAUUGCAAAUAUUGGCUGAAUCAUCUGCUGAUAUAUCGUCGCUUACAAAAGAAAGCAUGUGGUUAUGUUCAUUACAUGAUUUGAUAAGAUACAAUUCAAUCGCCAUAAUUGCUGAUGAACUGCAAAAGCUGGUCAAUUCAAUUGUUAUGAUAAAUGAGCUUUCUAAGUCAAAGUUUUCUGAGUCUGAUCAUUUGCUUAAGGAUAGUAUUAGCCAACUUACAAAAUAUCAAAUAGCUCGAACACUCUGGCAACAAGGGCAAACUAGUAUACCUGUUAUAAUGUUGAAAGAAUUGCAACAGAAUGAAGCGAUCAACCUUUCAAUUAGUAAUAUGCAUAUUACACCAAGUUUGAUUAAUGCAAAUUUAGUUGAGUGGAUGUCAAAAUCGAGACAGGACUUGGCAUCAAAUAUUAUGGAAAAAUAUGUUUUGCCUACUGCUGAUAUGGUAACAUCGGUUAAAGAAAUGGAUCAAAAAGCUAAGGUAUAUGAAAUUCUAGCGAAUUUUUGUGAAACUCAGUUCAGGUCUCGUGGUUUGAAUGACCAUAUAUAUAAGCUAGAAAAGCUGGUUGAAUUGAAGAAGUCCGAGAUAGAAGAAUUGAAAACACAUUAUAGCAGAAUGCCAGUUGCAGCUGACGAGAAAAAAAGUGCUCAGCGAUACUAUUCAAAAUUAAAAGCUCAAUAUAUCGCGGAAUUAUCUGAUCUAAAUUCAUUGAAAAGAAGUAUAAGUGAAUUUUCUGACAAGGCUGUUGAGUUUUAUUUGAAGAGUAUAUUAACUGAUGGUGAUAGUGAUGAGAAUUUAGACAAAUUUUUUGCUUUAUGGUUAGAGCAUUCAAAUAAAGAUGAAUUACAUGUGACUCUUUCCGAUAAUAUUUUGUCAUUGCCAAAUCACAAAUUAAUCAGUUGGUCAACCCAAUUGAUAUCCCGUCUUUCCAGUGAAUCAUCCAAAUUCCAAAGCUUAUUGAAAUCUUUAAUUGUGGGUCUAUGUUUCGACCAUCCAUAUCAUUCGUUGUAUGGCUUGAUUUCUUUAAAAAAGCAUGAAUCGUAUGCAAAAAAGAGUUCCAAUGUAUUACUUAUCUCAAAAUCUCUAGCUGCAAACGAUAUCUGGCAACAGCUCAUUACACGAGGUAACAAAAAAGUCAGCGAAAUACUUCUUAAUGUUGAAAAAUUCUGUGAUGAGUCAAUUAAACUAGCAGAAUAUAAAGUACCUAAAGGAAAGUCAAUUCAGUUGGGCAGUUUAAAAGUUGGAGAUUACUGGCUUAAUCAUUUAUCUCACAUUCCACCACCAACUAUAAGCUUGACUGUAGAUUUAUCAACUAGCUAUGAUAAUGUAAUUUAUUUGGAGAGGAUUGAUCCUAGAGUGACUAUUGCAACAUCCGGUCUAAGUUUACCAAAAAUUGCCUCAUUCUACUUAUCUAAUGGUUCGGAACAUAAGGUUUUAUUGAAGCAUGGGACUGAUGAUUUGCGUCAAGAUUCUAUUAUGGAACAAGUAUUUGAAAAGGUUAACAAUAUUUUCAAGAAAGAUAAAGAAACAAGGAAACGGGAGCUAAAAGUAAGAACAUAUAAAGCUGUUCCAUUGGGUCCUGAAACUGGUAUUAUCGAAUUCGUACCCAAUUCAAUAGCACUAAUAGAUUCUAUCAGACCCUAUCAUAUGAAAAUUGAUAUAUUGAAGGCAGAUAAGGCUAGAGAUUUAAUGAAGACCUGUCAAUCUGCAGACAAAACAGAGAGAUAUAAGACGUAUGAUAAAAUAAGCAAGAAAAUAUCGCCAGUUUUAAGAUAUUUCUUUUUUGACAACUAUGUUACUCCCGACACUUGGUUUGAUUGUAGAACUUCGUAUACUCGUGGAAUUGCCACAACUUCAGUUGUAGGCCAUAUAUUGGGUUUGGGUGAUAGGCAUUGCAAUAAUAUUUUAUUGGAUAAAAGUUCUGGUGAGCCUAUUCACAUUGAUUUAGGUGUAGCCUUUGACCAAGGUAAGAGAUUGCCAAUACCCGAAACUGUACCUUUUAGGCUAACGAGAGAUAUAGUGGAUGGUUUUGGAAUUACUGGGGUUAAUGGGGUUUUUAACAAGUCUUGCGAACACACUUACAGAGUAUUGCGGCAAAACAAGGAACACAUACUAGCAAUUUUAGAUGUACUACGUUGGGAUCCCUUGUAUUCUUGGAGUCUAUCCCCUAUAAGGAGGAAAAAGUUACAAAAUGAAGGAGAUAGAACUGAAAUGGGUCACUUGAACCCCCAAGAAGACGGUUCAGAAGGUGGACGGGCAGUUUUGAUGGUUUCAGAUAAGCUUACUGCUGGUGGCUUGAGUGUAGAAGCAAUAGUUAGAGAACUUAUCCAAGAGGCGACAAGUCCACAUAAUUUGGCAUUAAUAUAUUGCGGAUGGUGCCCAUUUUACUAG